AUGGAUUCCCCUCUUGUUGAGUCAAUUCGCUCAAACUUCUCCAAGAUUCAUCUUCAACUCAUUGCCUUAGCCGUCACCAUCCUCACAUACAUUCUGGCUUCGACACUUCUCGGUAUCUUUCGUGCUGUUCGUUCUCCUCUUCAAAAGAUUCCGGGACUAUGGUACGCGCCAUUGACUACUUUGCAUCUACGAUAUCUGUUUUCUACAGGUGAAAUUUGGAAGCUUGUACAACGCAGUCACACAAAAUAUGGCCCGAUAUGUCGUCUUGGUCCAAGGCAUAUCUGGGUUUCCGACAAAGAGUCUCUGAAGCAGAUACUGUCAACCAUUGACCUACCCAAGGUUGCCAUGUAUGCCGAGAUUUCUCGAGACCGAACGAGUCCCGGCCUCUUUGGUGAAAUUCGAUUCCAUCCCCAUAAGCGCCUCAAGAGGUUCCUUUCUCCAGCGUUCACAGUGGGUUAUGUGGAUAAUUUGGAGACAGUCUUCAAGGGCGUAAUGCGUGACCUUCUUCAAAACUACGUGACGCUUCUGAAUGGAAGUGCUUCGACUAUAGAAGGUGUCCAGACUGAUCUCAUGGAUGACCUCCACAAGGUGGCGCUUGAUAUUAUGGGGGAAAGCUCAUUCAGCAAGGGCUUCGGGCAGGUAAAGCCCAAUGAAGCAUCUGACGAUCCACAGAUGGACGAGAUAUGGAAGUCCAUUCCGGGAGCCAUCUUUGAUGGUCUGGCAGACAGAUACAAGUACGUCUAUGUCAAGAGAUUUCUACGACGAAUUGGAUGCAAUGUCGAGUUUGACUGGCCCAAGCAAAUGAUUAUGGCUAUCGACUCAAUUGUUCGUCAGCGCUCAGUAGAGAAGCAACACUCGCCAGAUCUCCUUCAGCAUCUCAUCGAAAAUGGUAAAAGGCCAGAUACCGAUGCAACGAUGACGUCGAGGGAUAUUCUAGACCAGAUGUCCGAACUGCUCCUCGCUGGCUCAGAAACAACUUCUGGUACUAUCGCCUGUUUGUUCCUAGAGCUUGCACGCAACCCUCGAGCUCGUGCCAAGCUUCUUGCAUCCCUCCCUGUUAUCAGUCAUGAAGAUAUCGACGACAUCAUUGUCAGCAAGACUGUGCGAGAUUCAAAGGACUACCAAUACCUGGAGGCUUGCAUCAAAGAAAACCUUCGACUGCAUCCCAUUGCAUCCGAGAUGGGUCGCCGCACUGGCGACCAGUGGGUCAACCUGAUGGGAUAUGACUUGCCUCCGCACACAGUGGUCUCUGCCUCAUAUCGAGAUCUUCAUCGCAACGAAGAUCACUGGCCAGAUGCAUUGACAUUCAUCCCUGAGAGGUGGCUCCCUGACGACGAGAGAGGCGAUUACCCUGCCGCUGAUACAACCGCGUACUUUCCCUUCUCUUCCGGAAGACACUCUUGUAUCGGAAUCAAUUUUGCCUGGGCGGAGAUGAGAAUGAUUGCUGCCAAUCUUCUCACCAGAUACGAAAUCACAGAAGUGCCAGGGCAGAUUGUUGACUUCCGUCAGUUUAUUACUAUGCAGUUCCAUACUGGCCACUGGAACGUGAUUCUGCAGAAGCGGAAGUGA